AUGCCUUUGAACUAUGCCAAAAUGCUGCUGAUCAUUAUCAUCCUACUCAGUUCUUUCCAAGCUUUUUCUGCGUGGACGAUCGUUGUGAUAGCUAUUUUUCGGAUGCUGUACGUUCGGACAGGGGUACGUGCUGUUAUUUUUUGCAGCAACGUUCGAGCUAGACUUGCAAUCACCUGCGUUUCAAUGCUUUCUAUCAUUCUUACUAUCCCGCUUGCUCUGGGACAUCGUGUGGUCCCAGUUCUGACCUCAUUCAACGACUCAGUCAACGGUACCCUCGGGAGUAACACAACAACCAGCUACACAGUUCAUUAUGCACCGAACGAAAUACUCCGAUUUUUUGUGUUCAUCACCACAGCAAUAUUGAUCAAAGCCUUGCCCGUAAUCAUUAUGUCAGUGGUCAGUAUUAUUUUGAUUGUUUCAAUACAUCACACCGAACGACGGUAUCGUGGAUUGCAGAAGGAUACGCACGAAAGGCGUCGGUUUCUUGCGCAUAUCGAACUAGACAUGCGGUCCAGGAUGGAACAGCAAGACUCUCGAGUGCCUACUGGACCAGAGAAUGGAUGUGGAUCGGGGCGUUCAGCCACAAAAUACAGUGGUGCAAAUUCUUACAUAUCCAGUGGACGUAACGCAAAUCAAACGACAUACAUGUUGCUCACAAUCAUUGUCCUCUAUGUAAUCACUAUUCUACCUCAGUUAAAGAUGCAGCUGGUGAACUCCUGUGAACAGACCGCGCUUAAUUCCACGCGGCGACACACUUUGGUCGAUGUUAACCAACGUUCUGGUGUAAUACAAGGGCAUCAUUCGUCCAACCUUGUCACUUUGAGCAGUGAGCGAGCUUGUCGGAUAAGCAACACUAUCUAG